CGUUGCACUAUACACCAGUUCAUUUGCUUUGCGAGAUUUCUUUGUUGCGACCGAUCAACGUGCCGCGGGAUUGUUUUUUACUUGGUGUCCAAAUAUUAAUAACACGGACAAACUCAGGAAGCAGAGAAAUGAUUAUGGAUGGACGUCUCCUUGAUGCUGCCACAACUGGUGACGCGGUGACAAUGAAACACUUAUUCGUGCAUGACCCGAGCGUGCUACUUGGAACAACCCCGAAGGGGAUGAACACCUGCCUCCACAUCUCCUCCACCCGUGGCCACCAGGGGUUCUGCAUGGAUGUCCUUGCCCGGAACCGGUCGCUCCUCUCCGCUGUCAACGCAGAUGGGGAGACGCCGCUUCUCACCGCAGUGACAAGUGACCACACGGCCACCUUAGCAUCGUUCCUUCUCAGGUGGUGCCGUGAUCUCCAGCUGAGCGAAGAAAUCUUGAAGCAAGACUACAAAGGGUGCAAUGCGCUGCACCACGCCAUCCGAAGCGGCCACAGUAAGCUCGCGCUGGAGCUGAUAGCAGCGGAGCCUGCCUUGUCGAAAGCGGUGAGUGAAGAAAAGGAGUCACCAAUGUUCAUGGCAGCGAUGAGAAAUGAUGCAGAUAUCGUGGAGAAACUGUUGGAGGUUCCUAACUCUGCUCAUGUGGGAGCCUGCGGCUGGAACGCUCUGCAUGCUGCCGUGAGAAAUGGUAAUUCAGCUAUGGUUAAAAAGAUUGUGGAGACACGUCCGUGGCUGGCCAGAGAAGAAGAUAGGUGUGAUCACAACACUCCAGUGCAUCAGGCCGUCUAUGGGAACAAGAUUGACGUGCUAAGAGUAUUGUUGGAACAUGAUCGGUCUUUGGGGUAUGUAUUGACCUCGGAUGACGGUACCCCUCUCCUUUCCUGUGCUGCAUAUCAAGGCCAGGCUGGGGUUGCUCGAGAGCUUCUUGAACAUUGCCCAGAUGCUCCGUACAGAAGAAGGAAUGGCUGGACAUGUCUGCACGAAGCUGUAUGGCGCGAAAAGACCGAUUUCGUAGAAUUUGUCCUUGGAAUGCCACAACUGCAUAAACUCGUAAACCUGCGAGAUUCAAACGGAGACACUGCUCUCCAUCUCGCAGUCCAGAAGUGCAAUCCGAAGAUGGUCAAAGCUUUACUGCUUCACAAACAGAUAGACGUUACAGUUAUUAACAACGCAGCUGUCCCAGCAACUUGGAACUUAUCUGGUGACGACACCAACGCCGAGUCUUUAAACUGGAUCGAAGUGUCAAUGCUUAUGUUGAAAGCUGAUCCUCGAGAUGAAACUUCUAUUUAUAAUCUCCUCGAGGAAAACAAGGAGAAAGUGACAAAGUUAAUAAGGAAUGAUAUCAGGUCACUGACUCAAACAUACACAGGCAACACUUCCCUAGUGGCAGUCCUCAUCGCGACCAUUACCUUCGCUGCAGCAUUCACCUUGCCUGGAGGAUAUAGUACUGAUGCUGGCAACGAGGGCCAUCCCAUCAUGGCAAGGAAGCUUGCAUUUCAGGCAUUCUUGAUCUCUGACACCUUGGCAAUGUGUUCCUCACUUGCUGUUGCCUUCGUAUGCAUCAUAGCAAGGUGGGAGGAUCUUGAGUUCUUGCUUUACUACAGGUCUUUUACAAAGAAGCUUAUGUGGUUUUCGUACAUGGCGACCACCACGGCGUUCGCAACUGGUUUAUACACAGUUCUGGCUCCUCGUCUCCUAUGGUUGGCUGUUGCGGUUUGCACACUGACAGGUUUAUUACCCAUUGUUACUAAGCUGCUAGGUUGGCCCAUCUUGAAACUGAGAUUUCGGUUCGGUCAGACAUUCAAAAUCUUGAAACUGAGAUUUCAGUUGGGUUGGACAUUCAAGUCUGAGCUCCUUGAUAUGGUCUAAUCUCUCUGCCUCACGUUAUUGGUGCCAGCUGCUUUAUUAUUUAAUGAAAGAAACAAGUUUAUGUUGCAUGAGCUUCGGCUGAUGAUUUUAUUUUGGCAAUUCGAAACUCCAUGUAAUGCAUGUACUAUGUACUUUGAACAUUCUUAUUAUGUCAAGCUUAAGCAGUUGAGAGUGAUGUUCUGUUUCUGACUUGGACUUCCUGAAUAAACUAGGCGUGAUAGCUAGGCUCAUGGAUAUUCUGGGAAAGAUGAGCAACAAUGGCAAUGAUAUAUGCUCAUUUAUAUUUUUCAAAGGUAAU